AUCAUCUGGCGGAGGAGGCGGGGCCCAGCCAGACUGCAUCAUCUGUGUGAGGAGAAGAAAUCCUUUACAUCAUUAGGAUUUAUCUUCGCCUGCUUUUUCUGUCAUUAUUGGUCACCAAACGCAGACAUGUCUGACUUCACUGAGGACCAGAUCAUGGAGUUUAAGGAGGCCUUCCUGUUGUUUGAUCGGACAGGUGAGGGAAAGAUCACCUACAGUCAAUGUGGUGAUGUUAUGCGGGCUCUUGGCCAGAAUCCUGUUAAUGCUGAGGUGGUCAAGGUCCUGGGAAACCCCAAAUUGGAAGAGAUGAACCACAAGAUGCUGGAUUUUGAACAGUUCCUGCCGAUGCUUCAGGCUAUCGCUAAGAACAAGGACCAGGCCUCCUUUGAUGACAUUGUAGAGGGUCUGCGUGUUUUUGACAAGGAGGGAAAUGGCACAGUGAUGGGUGCAGAGUUACGCCAUGUCCUCACCACACUAGGUGAGAAAAUGACCGAAGAGGAGGUGGAGACACUCUUAGCAGGACACGAAGAUGCCAACGGCUGCAUCAACUAUGAAGAACUUGUCCGAAUGGUAUUGAAUGGUUGAAGAUUUCAGAAACAAAUAUCUGCAUUGAAGUCUACCUUUGUUUUUUUGUUUUUUGUCGCCCUGUCCCAACUUUUUUCUUUUUUAUGCUCAGUCUAUGUAUUUGUUUGAUUUCAAAAGUGCCUUUCCUAGAUCUGAGGAGACCUGUUCAUUUCACUUCCAGACAAUGUGAAGGUGCAAUUUGAUAGUAACCUUUUCUUCAUAUUUCUAAUUGUUGUCUUGUUCAUUAACUCAUAUCAUUGUUGUCAGCAUUUUGUGUGUUGUAAGAUAAUGUGCUAUGUUCCAUUAACAGUAUUGAAUAAAAUUGUGGUUAGCAAAUUAAAAA